UUUCAUUCUCUAUUCUUUUUUUACCUUUAUAAAGGGAGAUGUGACAGUGGAUAUCAAGAACUUUGACUCAAAGACACCAUUGCUUGAAGCUGUUUCCAUUGGUCACUUGGGGAUACUUCAGAAGCUAGUCUCCUAUGGAGCAGAUUUAAAUACUGCUGAUGCUGAUGGUAACAACUGUCUUCACUACGCUGUGACUAAAGAGAAGUUCCAUUCUGAGGAGGAGACUCUAGAGCAUUUAGAUGAUUUCUGCAAAAUGCUUAAUUUGCAAAAAGAAGAGAGGCUAUCUGGCACAAUCGUUGCUAUGUAUCUAGGUCAUUCGAAAGGAAACUUUCACCAUAAAAACAAAUGUAGUAAGACCCCAGUAGAUCUCAUUGAAAAUUCAGAGUUUAAAAAGAAAAUAGAAGAGCUUUUCCCAUCGUUAUGUCUGCUGUGUAAAAAGAAAGAACCUAUAGUGGAGUUCCAACCAUGUGAACACACUGUUAUAUGCAGAAAUUGCUAUAAAAAUGAGAAUGAGCUUAAAACUUGUCCCAAGUGUCAACGAGCUAUAGAAACAUGUAGUAUACCUGUGGAUCGACAUUCAGGGAAGAAAGAAGUCCAGACAACAGAACAUCCUUCAGAAAGUAAACUACCGUCAGAUGGUGAGUAUAAAAUAACAAUUAUUAAUUGAUUUCUGUAAAAUUUAGC